AUGAUAUUUAUGUUCAUUGUAACGUGUUCGUUAAAUGAGGAAUAUAAGGAACUCACAUCUGUUGGUAAGGUGUGGAUUACUACAAGUCAGGUUGAUUUUGCUGUAUCAGAUCUGGAGAGGGGUUUAGAUCUGACCAUUUUCCAUGGCACUAUUUCCUUGACAAUGCAUUCACAGAAGCAUCUCAAGUUUGAGAAAUUUCUUCAGAGCAUGAAAUCCUUCAGAACAUUAGACAAUGGAUUUUUCAAAGACUUCUGGGAACAUGCCUUUGAAUGUGUGUUUUCUAGUUUUGCAGUGAAGAGCCCUAAAUGUACUGGAAAGGAGAGACUGGAGAGUCUUCCUGGUCCUGUUUUUGAAAUGAGCAUGACUGGGCACAGCUAUGGCAUCUACAAUGCCGUCUAUGCUGUGGCACAUGCUUUGCAUACCAUGUACUCCUCCCAAUCCAAUGAUCAGUCAGUUUUAGGAGGCAGAAAUACUGAGUUCCAUGAUGCUCAGCCUUGGCAGCUGCACCAGUUUCUGCAAGGAAUAUCAUUUAACAACUCAGCUGGAGAAACAAUAUCUUUGGACGAGAAUAGGGAAAUGGGAGGUGGAUUUGACAUCCUGAACAUGGUCUCCUUUCCUAACAACUCCAUCAUUAGAAUAAAAGUUGGAAGGGUGGAUCCCAAGGCUCCUGAAGGGAAGGAAGUCACCCUUCAAGAGGAUUUACUUGUGUGGAGCAAGGUGUUUAAUCAGACUCUGCCUGUUUCAAGAUGUAGAGACUCCUGUCACCCCAGUUAUAUGAAAAGAAAGAAAGAAGGGGAGAAAUUUUGCUGCUAUGAAUGUGUUCCUUGCCCAGAGGGGAAGAUUUCGAUCCAGAAGGACAUGGAUGACUGUUCUUCAUGUCCAGAAGAUCAAUAUCCAAGCCAGGAUCAAGAUCACUGCAUUCCCAAGAUGAUACAAUUUCUCUCCUAUGAAGAACCAAUGGGGAUCUGUUUGGCUUCGGUUGCUGUUUCUUUCUCCUUGAUCACAGUUUUGAUAUUAAGAAUUUUUAUAAAGUUCAAAAACACUCCCAUUGUCAAAGCCAGCAACCAGGAUGUCACUUAUACUCUCCUUAUCUCUCUCCUGCUUUGCUUCCUCUGUGCAUUCCUCUUCCUUGGAAGGCCAAGGAAGGUGACCUGCUUCUUCAGACAAUUUGCUUUUGGCAUCACCUUUUCUGUGAGUGUUUCUUGUGUCUUGGCCAAAACCAUCAAUGUGGUUCUGGCUUUCAUGGCCAACAAGCCAGGGUCCAGUAUGAGGAAGUGGAUGGGGAAAAGACUGACCAACUCUACUGUCAUUUCCUGCUCCAUUAUCCAAAUGUGUAUCUGUACCGUGUGGCUAGGAACCACUCCCCCAUUCCCAGAUUUGGACACAAAGUCAAUGGCCACAGAGGUCAUAGCAGAAUGCAAUGAAGGGUCUGUGGUGAUGUUUUAUAUUGUACUGGCCUAUAUGGGUCUUCUGUCCUCCAUAAGUUUUAGUGUGGCUUUCUUUGCCAGGAAGUUGCCAGACAGUUUUAACGAAGCCAAAUUCAUCACCUUCAGCAUGCUGAUGUUUUGCAGUGUUUGGCUGUGUUUUGUCCCAACCUACCUGAGCACCAAAGGGAAAUAUAUGGUAGCAGUAGAGAUUUUCUCUAUCUUGGCCUCCGGUGCUGCAUUACUGUGUUGUAUCUUUUUCCCCAAAUGCUACAUUAUUGUUCUGAGGCCUGAGAUGAACAGAAGAGAACAAGUGAUAACAAAAAAGCAUUAA